GGUCCUCAGACACUGAAUGCGCUGCAUACCUAUAGAAGAAGAAUAAGAGGAAAAAAUACUAUACGAACGAGGAAAGCAACUAAAUGCACAGACUUUCUCCCAUAUUCUGAGUAAGCCAUUUCGGAGGAAGUUGUUUUUCUGUGCUCUCUCUGUGUUCUAUACGGCUUGUCUGUCUGCGGAAUUAUAAAUCAUAUUAGACGUGCCGUGGGAAUACUUGUCUUUUUGUGUACCAGGAUUCCAGUGUCCUUUGGCAGUCCUUUAACGGGUUAGAAACACCAGCUGGCAGAACUGAAGGUGUCUUCGUUUCCUCUCCAUCGCUCCUUUUUGUGUGUGAGGGUCAUUAAGGGGUGAGCGCAAGGGUAGAGAAGCAUCUCGUUGGACACGGAUCUCAUGUGCUUGCUGGAUGUGCUUGUGAUUACCAACAUUUCUUGUUGAAAGAAAAGACAACACCAAUACAGCAAUUGCGAAUCGUGCUGUUUUUCUGAAGGGACUACAAAUAUCCGCACAUUUCGUCUAAGGGAAAGAAUACGCUGAAGAUCAACAUGAGCUGCCUCAUCUUGCGAAAUGUUAUGGCUUGCGCCCUGCUACUGAUGAUGUGGAAAGGACCCUUCACAGCCGUGGCGGUGGAGUAUGGCCAGGUGCCUGACAACAUCACUGUUCUGGAAGGAGAGAACGUCACCCUGAGGUGUAAGAUUGAUGUGGAGGUUACCCAUAAAGCCUGGCUCAAUCGCUCCAGCAUCCUCUUCACCGGCGACGACAAGUGGUCGCUGGACCCGCGUGUCUCACUGGUCAACAGCAACAGCAGCGACUUCACCAUCCAGAUCGAGAACGUGGCGGUAGCUGACGAGGGCCUGUACCUGUGCAGCCUGCAGGCACGCAACAUGCCCCGCGUCUCCCUCGUCUACCUCAUAGUGCAAGUGCCGGCCAGGAUCGUCAACAUCUCCCGGGACGUGUCUGUGAACGAGGGCGCCAACGUCAACCUCUUCUGCCUGGCAGAGGGCCGGCCCGAACCCAGCGUGACCUGGAAGACGUCCAAAUAUGGCCUGAUGAGUGAGGGCGAGUUCCUGGACAUCACAGAGAUCAAGCGGAACCAGGCCGAGGACUUUGAGUGCAUCACCAGCAACGGGGUGCUCCAGCCUGACGUGCGGCACGUCAGGGUCGUUGUCAACUACCCUCCCACCAUCACAGACGUGAAGAAUCUCAGUUCGGCUCAGCUUGGGAAGACUGCCCUGCUCCGCUGUGAGGCCAUGGCUGUGCCGACCGCCACCUUUGAGUGGUACAAGGAUGACCACAGACCUUUAGAAAGUGACAGUACCCUCCGGAUCAAGAACGAGAAGACGCGUUCGCUGCUCCUCUUCACCAACGUGACGGAGAAGCACUACGGCAACUACACCUGCUUCGCCUCCAACCGCCUGGGGGCCUCCAACGCCAGCAUGCUACUACUGCGACCAGAGGCGGCGUACAGCGGAGGCGUUUCAGACGGGAGCCGUGUGAAUGGCCUGGGCCUUUGGCUAGGCCUGUCCGCAUGUGCACUCCUGAAAGCCUAGAGCCUGUCUCAUCUCUCCCACUCCCCCUACCGACAAUGUGAGGAAAGGGAGAAGAGAAGGCGAGGAUGAUGAUGAAAAUGAAGAUGGUGAUGAUGAAGAUGGCUAAGAAGAAGAAGAAGAAGAUGAUGAUGAUGAUGAUGAAGGAGUCUUUAAUUAUGAACCCAUCACUGUGAACAAAAAGAAUUAUGCAUUAAGUCCAGGAGCCAUCGCUGCAUCACACAGCAAAUCCAUCCUCUCCCUCUCCCUCUUUCUCUCUCUCUCUCUCUCUCUCUCUCUCUCUCUCUCUCUCUCUCUCUCCCU